GGGCCGUUCAUAUCACAGGCUUGUUUUGAAGGAAGUGAGCAGCAAGUAGACCCCGAAAAGAAAGAGAAAUUGAGCAAGCAGUUGACGGCGCUCGAUCGAACAGCUCCCACAGACGGACCAGGACCGCGGUUUUAGAAUAACUAUUUCACCCCUCGCUCUUCGCAGCGGGUUUGUUGGCUGUCGCUGUCACACUGGCGUGAGGUUGAACUCUUCGUCGCCGACAGACAAUAGCGAUACGGCUCUCUACGCCAGAGGCUCGAGCGGAGGUAGCAUUAGCAUCUGCUAGCUUAGCGCUGAUCGACGCUCGCGAUACUCCCGUUUCUUAGCUAAAUAAGCUGAGACGCGAUGACAUCGAGGAAGAAAGUCCUACUCAAAGUGAUCAUCCUGGGAGACUCUGGCGUGGGGAAGACCUCUCUGAUGAACCAGUACGUAAACAAGAAGUUUAGCAACCAAUACAAAGCCACAAUAGGAGCUGAUUUCCUGACAAAGGAGGUGAUGGUGGAUGACCGACUCGUCACGAUGCAGAUCUGGGACACAGCGGGUCAGGAGCGCUUUCAGUCGCUGGGCGUGGCUUUCUACCGCGGUGCCGACUGCUGUGUGCUCGUCUUCGACGUCACGGCGCCCAACACCUUCAAGACCCUGGACAGCUGGCGGGACGAGUUCCUGAUCCAGGCCAGCCCACGCGACCCUGAGAACUUUCCCUUUGUAGUGCUCGGCAACAAAAUCGACUUGGAGAACAGGCAGGUAACCACCAAGCGGGCACAAGCCUGGUGUCAGAGCAAGAACAACAUCCCCUACUUCGAGACCAGCGCAAAAGAGGCCAUUAACGUAGAACAGGCUUUCCAAACCAUUGCCCGCAACGCACUGAAACAGGAGACUGAGGUGGAGUUAUACAACGAGUUCCCAGAACCCAUCAAGCUAGAUAGGAAUGAGAGAGCCAAGCCAUCAGCAGAAACCUGCAGCUGCUGAAGACCACCAGGGCUGCCACUGACUCCCCCCCACCACCUUUUCUGGCCUUGUUUCCUCCCCACCUUCUCUCUCUCACUCUCUCUCUUUCCCUUUCCCCCCUUUCCCAAUAUAAUCACUGGCUUUCAUAGAGCAAGCAGGCUUCUUCUCUUAGAUUAUACCUUAUACAAAUUGCACUCACAACCCACCCCCACACACACAUCUCAAAUGUAUUCAAGCCCUGUGUCUGCUCUUUUAACCUUAAUCUAGCCACAGAGUCCCAACAUCAUUCCCUUUCACAGGAUCUCCAGAAUUCCUUCAGUUCCCACCAUAGAGACAUUUACCCAUGCAUGUACGUGCGCACACGCAUCCACCCCCCCCCCCCCCCCACACACACACACACACAGUUUAUCCUUACAAUUCAACACUUGAAUGGUUUCCAAGACUUUUUAUAUGAACCCACCAUAUAACUGGAAUCUGUAAAGUGUGACUGCAGGUCACUGGGGCUGUGUAAUAUAUCGGUGUAUUAAAGCUCUGUGUUAGUAGCGGGACUGUUUGCUCUCUCAGACUGCUUCAAAGGUCUUGUGUACUCCAGAAAGCAUGCUGUCCCCUGCUUGAUCCCAAACC